AUUGAACACUUCACCUUCCUUCUUUUUAAAUUCCUUUUUCUCUCUCUCUUUCCUAUUCCUCCACUAAAAUUGUUUCAUAUAAAUACACACAUCUACCAUCUUUGCACUUCUCAAGCCAAGCGAAAAAUAAAAAAAUAUAAAAUAUAAAAUUUCCUCUAAAUUUCUCCAUUCCGUUCGCAACAAUUCAAUAAGUUCUUCGAGCGAGAAAAACAUUAAACAUUCCAUUUUAAAAAACAAAAAUAAAAAAUGCGAACCGUAAGUACCUUCACAGCUGCUUCUCCAUCAAUUUCACCGUCGGCGAUCGUUCAGAGAUCGCCGUGGCAUUCACCGGCGCCGUAUCUCUUCGCCGGCGUAGCAGCCAUGCUAGUGUUGAUAACUUUUGCUCUAGUAAUCUUAGCUUGUUCUUACUGGAAACACUCCGGCUAUCCGAGAGAAAGCGGCGAUACAGAAUCCGGCGCCGGCGAGAAAUCGGCCGGUGAUGUUUUGAAGGCGUCGCCGGUUUUUGAGGAGAAAAUUGUAGUAAUAAUGGCUGGAGAUUUGAAUCCAACUUUUUUGGCUACGCCUAUAUCAAGCAGAGGUAAUUCUUUUGGUGCUGGUGAUAAAAUUGAGAAGAAAUUGGAAAAGGAAAGUGAAGAAUUAGGUGAUGAGAAGCCGAAAGAUGAAGCUCAUGAAGAAUCCCAAAACGGCCAUUGAUAAAGCCAAAAAAACAGAGCAUUUUCCUCCAUCUUUUUUUUUUGGGGGAAUUCUUCCAUUUUUGUUUAAUUUUUCAAUUUUGAUUUCCGGGAAAUUGUACUAAAUUUUGGUUGAGAUAACAAAGAGUUUAAAAAAAAUUCCAUUUUCGAGUAAAUCAUGCUUAUCAUGCGAUUUAUAAAUGGCAAAUGUGAUAUAUGAGUCGUGUUUUCAAAUGCGAUUUAUAGGUCGAG